AUGGGCGUUCCAACAAAUAACCUCCACGGACUCGAACGCCAACGCCGCGAACUAGAAGCCAACAUCCUCAAGCUCCAAGAAUCCCUCUAUCACUGGCGAACCUGGGAAGCCGAAUACGACGGCUUGAAAGAAGAAAUCGACGAAUUAGACGACAGUGCCUCGACCGACGAUUUCCUCCGCAUCGGUCGCGAUUUCGGCGGUGAUUUGGUCAACGAAGAGGAGGUCAAGGUGAUUCUGGGCGCAAAGCAGGGCGUGACGCGGUCGAAGGAACAGGCGGUUAAUCUUAUUUCGAGGCGGAUUGACUACGUGAGGGAGAAUGUGAAGAUCAUGGAGAAGAGGUUGCUUACGGCUGAGAAUCAAAUGAAUGGGUUGGAUGCUGUCGGUCAGGCGCCUCCUGUGACUGAUCCACAGCUGCCGAUGACGGAGAUUAUGGAGGAGCUUGAUGAGGAGGGGAAUGUUGUUUCGAGGUCGACACAGACACCAGGUAGUGAGGCGCCAGAACUUCUGAAUAUCUUGAAGAGAGUGGGCGCGGAGGUUCCGGAUACUCCUCAGCAGGGUACGAAGACUGAGACGCCGCAAUCGAAGGUCGAAGAAGUGGAGAACCCUCAGCCCGACGAAAAGAAGCAGGAAGGAAAGAAGGCCACCCCAGCUCCGAAAGAAAGGACGACCUCCCCUCAAGCCCCCGAAACGAGGCCUGAACCUUCGAAAUCCACGCCUGUGGAACCGCGACCUGAGAUCCCCGAAGAGCACCCCAUUACGGAAGUUGACGAGUCUCCUGAAGAUGCAGCGCUACGGCGAGAAAUGCUGGAAUACGGAAUGAACGAAAUUGGCGCUGUGGUGGCAGAGCUCGAGCUGGAUGAAAAUGCAAGCGAUGUUUCUUAUGACGACGGUUACGGCACUUAUGAUGAAGAUGAGGAAGAAGAUGAAUUUGGACGCAGCACGGGAUCCGUCCUGAGCGAGGAUUAUCACAAGCAAAUGCGCGAUUUGGAGCAGAAGCUGAAUGCUAAAGGAUUGUGGAAUAUGGGCAAAGACACGGCUGCGCUGCCAGAUGAGAUGCAAAGUGACCUCGAUCGGCCGCAGGUGGUCAGGAUUGAAAGAACCGACGACGAUCAGCCAGAUGCGCUGGCCCCAGGAAAGGAGAAGUCAAAGAAGAAAAAGAAGGUUGCGUUCGCUGAUGACCUCGACAUCGCACCUGCGCAGGAGCUCCCUUCAGCAAAGAAGACCCUUCCACCUCAGCAGCCCGAAGUGCCUACCAUGUCGGAUGCUAUUAUCGAACGCGCCGAACCAGUCGCAAAGACCUCGGCACCGGCUGAAGCACCUAAGAAGGCGUCUCACUUCAAGAAUGCCAGGAAGAACACCCCAAGAAGCGAACCUACUCCACCAGCCCCAGCUACAAAUGUCAGCUUCCGACCCCCCAAGGUUCGUUCGACGGCUCACAAAUCUGACCGAUCUCCUUCCCUUCCCCUAUUCCCUGCCAAGCCUGCAGAACCCAAGCCUUUCUCUCAACCCAUUGCCGAUGUUUUCGCGCACGAGAAAUCGCCUGUCUCGGAACCACAGCCACCUCAAGACAAGAUCUUAGCGGACAAACUCGUCGAGAGAGACAUCAAAGAAGGGACCGCCCCAGCACCCGAGGCGGACGGGAUCGAGGAGAGUAUCCACAGAAAGGAGAUCGCAAGCGAGUUCUACAGAAUGAGAAACCGGAUGGUCCAGCAAAACGGCGGAUUCCUGAAUAAUGAACCCGAGACUGUUCCCCUGGACGAAGACGAUGCGCCACGAGUCAGCAAAUUCAAGGCCGCGCGGAUGAACAAAUCGUAG